AUGAAGUCGCCUGGGACCUGGCUCCUGUGCCUGCUGCUUCUGCUGAGCCUGGCCCGGUGGGGAGCAGCCAGCAGGGCCCAGCAGCACUCCAUGGAGAUCCGCACCCCAGAUAUCAAUCCCGCCUGGUAUGCAGGCCGCAGGAUCAGGCCAGUGGGCCGCUUCGGCAGGAGGAGGGCUGCCCCGAGGGACGCGCCCAAGGUACCAGGAAAACCCGGCUCCCAGUGCUGUGCCCAGGGACACAGUGGCAGCGGCAGCUCGGAUCUGCUGUGA